AUGAAAGCCCUCGUCUAUACCGGCCCAGGCACAAUCCAAGUACUCGAUCGUCCCAAACCGACUAUCCAGAACCCGACGGACGCCGUCGUCCGUCUCUUACACGCCUCCAUCUGCGGCACGGAUCUCCACAUCCUCAAAGGCGAUGUCCCCAGCGCACAACCGGGGGUGGUUCUGGGUCACGAAGGCGUCGGGGUCAUCGAUGCCGUGGGCUCCGCGGUCCAAGAAUUACGACCCGGCGACCGCGUGUUGAUCUCCUGUAUGACUUCUUGCGGCGCGUGUCGCUUCUGUCAACGCGGCUUGCCCUCCCAUUGUCGCACUGGCGGUUGGAUCCUGGGAAAUACCAUUGAUGGUACACAAGCCGAGUUUGUGCGGAUACCCCAUGCGACACUCUCGUUGCAUCGACUCCCGGCGUCGAUCGAUCCACGCGCUGCGUUGGCUAUCUCCGAUGCCCUCCCGACGGGUCUGGAGUGUGGUGUCCUCAGUGCGAACGUGCAGCCGGGGAGUUCGGUGGUGAUCGUUGGGGCGGGUCCCGUGGGCAUGGCGGCACUGCUCACGGCCAGACUGUAUUCACCCGCGUUGGUGGUGAUGGUGGACCUGGACGAGGCGCGACUGGGCACGGCGCGACAGCUGGGCGCCCAUGCCACUGUCAACUCCUCCGCGGCCGAUACGCGAGAACGGUUGCUGGCACUGACCGAGGGGUUGGGAUUCGACUCGGUCAUCGAAGCGGUGGGGAUUCCAGCUACGUUCGCUUUGUGUCAAGAGCUGGUUGCCGUGGGAGGGCGCAUCGCGAAUGUGGGCGUCCACGGCACGUCGGUGGAUUUGCAUCUGGAGAAGUUGUGGGAUCGAAAUAUCAGUAUCCACAUGUCGCUGGUCAAUGCGACGACGACACCCCAACUGUUGCGACUAGCAGAGUCGGGAAUGUUGGACAUUGGCUCGCUAGUGACCCAUCACUUUCCCAGUGCAGAGGGGGCCACCGCAUACAAGACAUUCCAAGCAGCGGCACAUCACCAGGCGUUAAAGGUGGCCAUUGACUUUGAUGAAACGUAG